GCUGGCAUUCAGUCGCGCUCCCGACUCCAACGCUGCCAUAACAUAACGCUCCGAUUCGAUCCCGCUCGCACUGCUGGCGGUGCGCCGUUUACAAACAAUUGUAAUUGGUAUUUCAAACUGUUGGGAUCGGGAAUAGGAAUAUAGAUACGUGGCCCGUUACACAACACUGAUUCGAAAACCGAUUACCUUACCCUACCGCCCACUUGUUAACAAUUGUUUUGACUGUGUUAACACGCACGCGUUUGUUCCGAGUGCCCUAAGAAGUGUUUCCUUAAGAAGUGGUGAUUACCAGGCAAAGUCCAUAGCUAUGGCCAGCAAAAGUUACCAGGCGGAGGCCCAGCAAUUGUACCCACAGACCACAAGAGUCGAACUUCUCACGAUUCAGACGGAAACCAACCAGAUACCACGAUGGAGCAAACUCCUGCUGCUGGUGGCCCUGGCAACCACCUUUGGCGGCGCUGUGUCCACCGGCUACUGCAUUGGCGUUAUCAACGCCCCCUCCAAGCUCAUGAAAGUUUGGUGUAACCAGACCGUAUACGAGACCUAUGGCAGUAACCUCAGUAAGGACGGUCUGGAUCUCCUGUGGUCGUCUGUGGUUUCUGUGUUCCUGGUCGGAGGCGCCAUCGGUUCGCUGGGCGGUGCUGGAGCAGCCAAUAAAUUCGGCAGAAAAGCAUGCUUUCUCAUCUGCGGCGCCCUGUUCACCGUGGGAGCGGUGCUGUUCUUCUUCUGCCGAGCAGCCAGCUCUGUGGAGAUGCUGGUGAUCGGCAGGUUUAUUGUGGGCCUGGCUUCCGGCCUCGUGACCGCCACCCUGCCCAUGUACCUAGCCGAGGUGGCUCCCUUGGCUCACCGCGGAACUCUGGGCGUCUUCAUCGCCGUGGGCGUGACUGGGGGCGUGGUCGUGGGCCAGGUGUGCAGUCUGGCCGUUGUCUUUGGCACCGAGGAUCUCUGGCACUACGCGUUGUCCGCCUACAUGGUUCUGAUCCUGGUCUGCUACCUGCCAUCGUACCUAUUUCCCGAGAGCCCCAAGUUUCUCUACAUCGUCAAGGGAAAUCGUGCGGCUGCCAAGCGGGAACUUCAACGUCUGCGUGGCAAGGAUGAGGAUGAGCUUAUAGCCCAGGAGAUGGCCGAGAUGGAGGCGGAAGCCAAUGCCAAGGUCCAGACCAGCAGCUUCUGCGAUGUGCUGCGUGAUCCUCGCCUGACAUUGCCUCUAAUCAUUGUCUGCUGCUUCCACGGCGGUCAGCAAUUGUCGGGUAUUAAUGCGAUAUUUUACUACUCGGUCAGCAUAUUCGAGAAGGCGGGUCUGUCCGAGGUGAAUGCUCAGUGGGCCAAUUUGGGUGCUGGCUGCCUGAAUCUGAAGGUCUCUCUCCUGGGACCCUUACUGAUGUCAACCUGCAAUAGACGAACCCUGAUGAUGUUCUCCUGCGCCCUGUGCUCAGUCUUCCUGUUCACCAUCGCCUUUGUUUUGUUCUACAUUGACCAAGUCAGCUGGUUUGCGAUCGCUUGCAUCGUCUGCAUCAUGGGCUACAUAUUCUUCUACCAAUUCGGACUGGGUCCCAUUCCCUACUUCAUCGGUUCAGAACUGUUCGAGGUGGCUCCCCGCUCCGUGGCCAUGUCGAUGGGCAGCCUGUCCUCGUGGACGUGCAAUUUCAUAAUUGGCAUCUCGUUCCCGCUGCUGCAGAACGCGUGGGGCGCCUUUGUCUUCCUGCCCUUCUCCAUUACCUGUGUGCUGCUCUUCCUGCUGACGAAAUUCUAUCUGCCGGAAACGCGGGGACGCGAUCCCUCGGAGGUGGCGCCACUCGUAUCGAAGUGCUUCCGCUCCAAGGUCAAAUGAGGCCUAGCCCAGUGGGCUCGUCUUGCCAUUAGUCUUAAGUAGCCGGUAGUAAGGGGCAAAACGUUCUAACUCCCAUUGGCACAGUGGGCUACUCAAUGAUUCGUCCAAGUCGUGUGCCUUUCGUAAGAGCCGACAAUAAGCCGGAAUCCACAUUGUUCAGGGGCGAAUUGCUCUAACUAAUAGUCUGUAAGUUCUUUUGUACAAACCAAUAAAUGCGAGAAUGGAUCUAACUUUAAGAGUCACCCUGUAAGAAAGCUUAGAGCGCUCCGUCCCCUUAUCACUGCACAAGUUCAAUUAAAAUGCCUUGGGACGGAGCGCAAAGUAAUACUCUGUUAAUUAGAUUUAUUGUUGAACAGAAAGCGCCGCAGAACCAUCUCUGGAUGCCCUUCCACGGCGUCGGGUUGGGUGAAUAACGGCCAGAGUCUUGCCAAACUAAUGUAAGCUGCUUUAAAAAUAGAUUUAAAUAUAGCCUGAUCUGCCUGUUGUUUA